UGAGCUGAAGAUUUUGUGCAAAUGGUGGAGAAAUUGGAUAUUAGUGAAAUUUCGGCUAGUUUUGGUUCUCAUUUAGCAAGAAAUGAUUCCUUUUGCUCAAGUUCUGUAGAGUUCAUGAAAUUAUUGUACUUGGCGGAUAAAUCACCUGGUAAAGACAGGGAUGCAAACAUUCCCUCGCAUUCUACCCUCGCCGAGAAAGGCAUAUUGCUUUUUGAUACGAACACCACACGUUUGAACUUGUAUCAACCUAUUAACAGAAAAUUGACUCAGUUGAAAUACCUCAUUGAUUUUCUGCCAAAAUGCAAGUACACUGCAGUUUGUUUAAAGAAAUUUAUUUUUGUUCUUCUGCCAGGAAAAAAGGUUUAUCGUGUGAAUGUCUGGGAAGCUGAAUCAAGUUGGACUGAGAUGGAGAGUAUGAUGAAUGAUCAUGGAGAGAAUAUCAGAGCUGCAGUUCAUAACAACUUAAUUUAUGUUUGUGGUGAGUACACAAUGGAGCGAUUCAACAACAAUUUAAACAAGUGCAUGAAGUGGGAGAAUUUCGAGUGUUCUAGUAUCAAACCCGAUGAAAGUGCCUUAGUUACAUUCGGAGACGAGAUUUAUGUCAUUGGAGGCUAUAAUAGAGGUAAAAAGGUUGAUAAAUAUUCUCCAUCUGUAGGAUCUUGGUCAUCUGUGAAACCAAUGAAUGUUGGCAGAAGAACUCCAGCUGCAGCUGUAUAUGAUGAUCGAAUCUAUGUUGCUGGUGGGUGGAAUAGAUCAUCAAAGCUUUUAAGUACUGAAUUCUUCAAUCCAUAUGAUAAUACUUGGACAAAAGUGACUUCGAUGACAAUUCAAAGGUUUAAUUUCAGUCUUUGUGUUGUCAACAACAACUUGUUUGCUGUUGGAAAUAUAUCUGGAUCUUAUUCUAUUGAAAAGUACGAUUUUGAUAAAAAUCAAUGGGAGAAAGUGACUGAUUCGAUUGAUAUGGAGAUUAUGUCCGCUGCCUCGAUUGCAGUAAAAAUCCCACUGUAUUGAGACUGUAGAUAAAGGGUCGUCGGCAAACUACACCCCUACAGGAGUAAUAUAAUCCGGCCCGCGAUGCUUCACUGAAUUAUAGAAUAAAACGGCUGUUUUGGCGAUUGUAUUCUUUACGUAACAUAAUUUAUUGUGAGACACACAUAGACUAAAUUAUAUUAUAAUCUAACAGUAUAAAAUGCAUAAUUAGUCGUUUAUGAGCCUCCAGUUUAAUUAUAAUUAGACAAAUGGCAAAACAUGCAGAUAAGUUGAUGCUAAGUGCAAAGGGUUCGAUGGUGCCGAAAAAUAUUGAAAUGUAAUUCUUUGAUAUAUUCGUUGAUUCUUUGAUACAAUGAAUAUUAUCCGUUCGGUUGUCAACUUUCUACAAAUAUAUGUGGCCGCCAAUGAUUUGCAACCCGUAAUUUUGGCCCGCGAGCGACAAAAGGUUGCUGACCCCUGUAUUACAGACUGAAUAAACAAAAAGACAAAUCAUAGUUCAUAGUUUUUUUAUUGAACUGGAUGAGCUUGAUGGUCUUCAGCGAGUUUUUUGAAAUUUGAUAACAUUCUCGUCAGGAACAAUCUCAAAUCACAAGUGUAGUUUCAAGUAUUUUGUGGCGUCUGAGGCUACCGCAAAACCAUGGCAAGAUUUCCAAACCAUGGCCGCUUUGACCAAAACUAUGGCGACUGACAUUUUAGCUGCCACAAACCCAUGGCGAGCUGUCGAUUGUAUUCUUUACAUAACAUGAUUUAUUGUGAGACACGUGUAGACUACGGUAAAUUACAU